CCAAAAUGAGGCUGAAAUAGUCUUUCUCAUUAUUAAAUAUAAAUGGUGAAGAAGAAGAAUAAGAAGAAAUUCAAGAGAGGAAGAGUGAAAAGACGAGUAAUUUACGAAGAAUAUUGAGAUUUUUGGGGAUUUUGAUAAGUGGGUACCAAUCAAAAUCUGUUCUUCUCUUGGUGUUUUUUCCAUGGAGUUGGAUAGUGUCGAGUGUGUCUCAUCCAUAAGUAGUAUCGAUGAGGACGAGAUCCAUCACCAUAAUCUGCACCAUCAUCAAUUCGCCACACCGAAGCCUCCUAAUGGUACCAACAAUAGCGCCAACGCUGUCAACAAUAUCGCCGGUCCGACGGCGAUUGCUCCGGCCACGAGCGUCCAUGAAUUGCUCGAAUGCCCAGUUUGCACCAAUUCAAUGUACCCACCAAUUCAUCAGUGCCAUAACGGACACACACUGUGUUCUACCUGUAAAACAAGGGUGCACAAUCGGUGUCCUACAUGUAGACAGGAACUCGGAGAUAUUAGGUGUUUAGCACUGGAGAAGGUUGCCGAAUCACUAGAACUGCCAUGCAAGUAUUACAACUUAGGAUGCCCAGAGAUAUUUCCAUAUUACAGCAAACUGAAGCAUGAGGCAGUCUGUAACUUCAGACCAUAUAACUGUCCUUAUGCUGGGUCAGAGUGUGCAGUUGUUGGGGAUAUCCCUUUCCUGGUUGCUCAUCUGAGGGAUGAUCAUAAGGUUGAUAUGCACACAGGAUGCACGUUCAACCAUCGUUAUGUAAAGUCCAAUCCUCGUGAAGUAGAGAAUGCCACAUGGAUGCUAACGGUUUUCCAUUGUUUUGGUCAAUAUUUCUGUCUUCACUUUGAAGCUUUCCAGCUCGGAAUGGCCCCAGUUUAUAUGGCUUUCCUUCGAUUCAUGGGUGACGAGAUUGAGGCUCGGAACUACAGCUACAGCCUAGAGGUGGGAGCAAAUGGCCGGAAACUCAUAUGGGAGGGCACUCCACGGAGCAUCAGAGAUAGUCACCGGAAGGUGAGGGACAGUCACGAUGGCCUCAUCAUUCAAAGAAACAUGGCACUUUUCUUCUCUGGUGGGGACAGAAAGGAGCUGAAACUGCGAGUUACAGGGAGGAUAUGGAAGGAACAACAGAAUCCGGAUGCGGGUGUGUGCAUACCAAACCUUUGUAGCUGAGAGAUAUGAUUUUCAGAAUUAUUACCAAAUUGUUUGGCAAGUUUUUAUUCUAUAUGCUGUACCUUUACCAAGCUUUUUUGUCUGGUAUGUGGAAGUAAGAAUUCAGAAGGGUUUGUAUGUCUCUAAACUUCUAUAAAUUGUAUGAUAAGCAGCUGAACCCUAAUGAACUGGUUUGGUAGCAUGACAAUGAAGAUGAAGUUUCCAAAUGAAGAUUGGACUAUGGCCAUAAUUUCUUAGA